CGCUUACUUCCUCCGUUGUUGCCGUCGUCAGGAAGUCCGGGGGUUAUUACCGCUAUAAAGCUUACAUCGAGUCGCGUGCUUUUGUACUUCGUGAUUGCCAUCGCCAUGACUGACCGGUAUACUAUUCACAGCCAGCUGGAGCACCUGCAGUCCAAGUAUAUCGGCACGGGCCAUGCGGAUACUACCAAGUGGGAGUGGCUGGUGAACCAGCACAGAGACUCUUAUUGCUCCUACAUGGGUCACUUUGAUCUGCUCAAUUACUUCGCUGUGGCCGAGAACGAGAGCAAAGCACGGGUACGGUUCAACCUUAUGGAGAAGAUGUUGCAGCCGUGUGGACCCCCUGCUGACAAACCCGAUGAUUCCUAAGUGAGGUGUUUGCUUUCUGAUGCUGCCUGGGAUCUACAACCUACCCGUUCAGAGAGUCGGCCAAAGCAUCACGUCGUUCUUCUUAAAGUUUUCGGGACUUCAUAAAGGAUUUCCCGCCAAAUUAUCAGGCAUGUAAUGAAGGGAAGGACCGCACUAGUGCGUUGCAAAAUCGAAUAUGGACACUCGUGCAUCUGCAUGAAGUCUCAUUGAAAUCCUUGUACCAACAACGUCUGCUUUUCCUUAAACUGCGUAUCAAUUGUAAUAAAGCAAUCAACUUUAGUUGGAUUCUUGGUUAA